AGGCACUUUUCUUUGUUAGAGAGGCCCGACACAACUCAGAAGCCAGACCCGAUGACUCCCAGCGACUAUGCGUCCGCUGGCUCCGGCAAGCUGAAAUUGAAGGGUGUCAAGGACUCAAAAGUCGACAAGAAAAAGAAAAAGAAAUCGAGCAGCAAGUCAAAAGACGAAGAUGGGACUGGCGAUGGAGGUGAAACGUUCCAAGACAGAUCCGUCAUGUUGAAGAAUCUCGAGGACGAAGAUGCGCAGCUGGCCAAGGAACAAACCAGCAAAAGCAGCCUUUCCAAUGGAAAGGAAUUCGAAUCUGCUACUGGGCUGGCGGAUGAGGAGGAACGGGAAAUCGUCAAGACCGAGGCGGAGAGGAAGUACGACGAGCAAAGACGGAAGCGGCUGGAAGAACGAUUGAAACGAGAAGGGGUCAAAACGCACAAGGAACGGGUAGAAGAGCUGAAUCGCUACCUGAGCGGUCUCAGCGAACAUCACGACAUGCCACGCAUCGGUCCAGGAUAACGGCCAUUCCCUGGCAAUGCACACUCGAACGACCCUCAAGACAUUGUACCGCUAGUGCACAGUCUCCUUGAACGGGUCGAACGUCCGCUACGAAGCCUCACGAUCAUGGCACUUGAUCUCCAAUUCGCGUUUGCAAUUCAGACA